AUGAAGUUACCCGCUUCGACUUAUCUGGCCGAAGAAGUGCAAGCAAAGCCAAACUUUCGACAAGUUGGGACCAAGUAUAAUGGAUCUGUCAUUCGUGGGAAUGCAGCACACAGGCGACCCCUAGACCCAAAGAUGAAAGUGUCUUCGAUUCCUUCCAAGUAUGAGGUAGUUUUGCGUCACAAUUUGGACGAGCGCAACGGCUUUGGCAAUCGUACUCAUCGCUUUGGCGAUUGCGAGAAUGAAUUGCCUGGACCUGGCCAAUAUCACAAACCGCAAAGUUUAGUUCGCUCAACAGUUGAUUCGGGAUCAGUCUCUCGACUGGGCUAUAGUACAGGGUUCGUAUCGAAGACAAAACGAUUUGGCGACCAGGUCAAGCUGGUAGUUCCUGGACCUGGGCAAUACCAUCCAAAAAGGGAUGAUAGAGAAACACAUAAUAAAAAGCACGGCAUGAGCAGUUUUGCAGAUGUGUCAAACAACUCCAACAAUCAGAUUCGGCAUCCUUAUGUCCCAGGACCAGCUGACUACAACGCAGAUAUACCGGCAUCAGCACUCUCACAUAACGUCUCCAAGUCUGUCUUUGCUUCCAAGACAUCUCGUGGAUGGAAAAUUUCGACAGAAUUUCCUGCACCAGGGCAAUACAAACUCGAAGAGCCUUUACGUGAUCACCGCUCUGUACGAUCCGUAUUCAAAUCGUCAGUUAAGCGUCUAGCUUCUGAUAAAACGUCUACUCCUGGUCCUGGAGCGUACAAUGCCGAAGAUGCAGAAAGUGCACUUCGAUUUGAUUCGGUGGCCAAAGCUCACAAGAGCGCUGUAUUUCGUAGUGGAAAGACAGAUCGCUUUGGACGAUUGCCUUUGGAAGGAAUGACUGAAGGGGAAAUUGGUCCAGGAACUUACGAAGCCCCGACAUUAGCGAGUACAUUAGCAGAGAAGCCAGGGUAUGCGAGCGUAUUUAAGUCGAAGAGUUUGAGGGUCGAAGAAAAGGGCAUGAAAGGGAAUGCACCAGGACCAGCCUUUUAUCACCCUGUUAGCCCUGAAAAGCGGUCGCAUUUACUGAAUGCGAAUCAAAAAUGGUUGUGA